AUGACUUCUGGAGAAUUUGGUGAACCUCGUCUGAUUCAUUCGCCAGGUUUCAUACAGCUUUGUGUUGACAAGUCUGAGGGACCUUCUGAAUGGGGGUUUUUAUCAGCGUCGAACGAUGGUGACGUUUGGUUUUGGGGCAAGGAGUGUUUGGAUGAUGUUGAUUAUACGCCUAAAAGCUUAGGUGGCAGAACUCAUAGUGCGAUUGCCUGGCAUGUGAGUUUGGUCCUUGAAAUUUUUGCAUCUAAUGCCAUGCAUAAAAUGACUUGUGCUUGGUUUACUGCUAUGCUUUUGCUCGGUACAAACGUUUAUGUGGGCCAUACACAUACGGAUUUUAAAACGGGCAUUGAGAAACCUGUUGUUUCAAAAAUGGAAACAGAAGACUUUACACUGUCAUCUCCUAUCACUUCAUUUUCUCUUGAUUUAACUGCAGUUGAUAUCUCAGCUUCGGGCUCAAUUUUAGUUGCUGGUGCGAUGUUUCACUCAGUAGCUUUUAGAGAUCAUAUUGUUAAAGUAGUGCACUUUGAAGAAGAUAAGGUGUCGAAAUUGGAAAUGAAUGGACAAGUGCUCUCAGUACUAGUAGAUCCCAAAGAAGAAUUUUUUGCGGUUAGUGUAUCAGACGGCAAAAUUUAUCUAUUUCAUUUACCUAUUGAAAGUGGCGCCUCACCUUUCUACUCAACACGCUUGUGUUCGCGCAUUGCGGAUAUUGAUGUUUCUCAGCCGCGAUUGCAGUUGAGCUGGACCUCUGACGGCGAAUUUCUUUUUGCUCCGUCUUUGGGUGGCGUUAAAAAGUUCAAACGAGGUUUUUCUGGCACUGAGACGCUUUUGACAUCAGAGACGCUGAGUACUGAGGUUUUCAGCAUUUGUUGCGUGUCACCCUGCGACAAGUAUGUCGCUGCAUCUUCUCUUUCCGGUCUAAUAGUAGUGUGGGCGAUCGGUAACAGUACUUUAAGUACCGUAAGCAGAUAUAUUAGGGACGGGAAACCAAAAAUUAUCUGCUCUUUAAUUUGGCAUAAAUAUUUGGAUGAUACGAUUGUUUUUGCUGAUGUUGAAGAACAUUUAUGCUCAUUAAACAAGUGUGUUUCCAAGAUUUUGACGAGAACGGAGGAAAGACGACCCACUGUUGGUAGUACAGAGGAUGAGGAGACGAGAUUAUCUGCUGAUGUUGGCGCAAUUAAAAAAGCCUACGGAUUUAACGAAGAUGGGACAUUCAAUGAAGAUUUUAAUUUCCCGCGUAAUGAAGGCAUCAAACUGCGUGAUGAACUGUCUGAAGCUAAGAUACAGUCAUAUAAGCUGCCGAAAUUGCCGCUGUCAUUUGUUUCUGGAGCUACCCCUUUGGGUAUAUCAGAACGGUACUUGAGGUGGAAUCGGUUUGGUAUGAUUGUCGGGACCGUUCUUGACAACGAAAAUUCUCUUGAAGUUUGUUCUUUGUAUUGUCUCUUUUCUGCUUAA